AUGAUCCCGAAGAAAUCUAAACUUCGUGUUGCUCCAUUCAACGUUCCGUUCGUUCGAAGACGACAAACAUGCGCCGUUUUCCUCUGGCUAAUUUCAUUACCAUCCACAAUAGCAUUAUUCUUAAUCUCGUGUACGAUUCCAUUUUUUUGGCCGUUUGUUAUCGCAUAUUCGCUGUUCGUGUUGUUUGACAUUGCACCAGAGAAUGGUGGAAGAAGGUCGAAUUUUUGUAGACGUUUGCAACUUUGGAAAUGGUACGCUGACUUCUUCCCUGUUAGCUUAGUAAAGCAAGCAGAAUUGGAUCCAAAAAAGAAUUAUAUUUUUGGAUAUCAUCCACACGGUAUCAUUUCUGUUGGUGCAUGGACGAAUUUCUGCACCGAAGCUAACAACGUAUCCGAAGUAUUCCCAGGAGUGACAAUUAAUAUGCUAAUGCUCACCUCCAACUUUAAUAUUCCACUCUAUCGAGACUUUUUUAUGGCACAUGGCCUUUGUUCGGUCUCUCGUCAAUCAUGUGUGAAUAUUUUAGAGAAAGGACCAGGAAACUCGAUUUUGAUUGUUGUUGGCGGAGCAUUUGAAAGCUUAUCUGCUCGGCCGGGAGUUUAUAAUUUGAUUUUGAAGAAAAGAUUAGGAUUUAUAAAGUUGGCCUUGAGCAAAGGUGCGGAUCUUGUACCAGUAUUCUCAUUUGGCGAGAAUGAUAUUUGGGAUCAAGUAAAUAAUGAAUCAAAUAGUUUUGUUUUCAAGCUUCAGUCAAUCGUACAUAAAGCUUCUGGUGUCACUAUUCCAUUGUUUCAUGGACGUGGAAUUUUUAAUUAUGAAUGGGGCCUAUUGCCACAUCGAAGACCAAUUGUAACAGUUGUUGGAAAACCGAUUUCCGUCAAACAAAACGACAACCCAACCAACGAAGAAGUACUCGAGCUGCAAAACCAAUAUAUUAACGGGCUAUUCGAGAUUUGGGAUCAAUAUAAAGACGUGUAUGCUAAGGAUCGCGUGAGCGAUUUGACACUUGUUGAAUAA